GAAAAUGUCAAUAAAAAUUAAAAAUAUUCUCAGAUUUGAAAAUUUUUUCACAAUAUUUACAAAAUGACUCGUCGAGAAAGUGUCGUAAUUCUAGUGAUGGCUGCUUUAAAAAUUUUACAAAAAACUGAUAAACCAACGAUUAGGAAAAUAUUUGCUUUUAUUACAAAGUGUAGUCCGCAGAAAACACCGAAAAGAAUGAUAGUUGCUGCACUUAAAAGAUGCGUUGAAUUUGGAAUAAUGAAACAAAAACGUGGACAUUAUUUUUUGUCAUGUUAUGACGAUCAGCAAAAAGUAAAACUUGAAGAUUUAAAAACAACAUCCGAAAUUCCACUGUCGUUGAAAAAUAAUGUUUUAAAAUUUAAACUUCCCAAAGUAAUUCAUCCAAAAAAUGAGUCUAUUUGUUUAAAUGUGAAAAAAAAUGAAAAUCCAUUGAGAAUUAAAAAAGAAAAAUCACAAUUAUUAUUCCUGACGAAACAACAUUCAAUUUGCGAUUUGUACAAAAAUCCAGAAUAUAAAGAUUCACAAUGUUCGAUAAUGUACACAAUUUCUCAUGAAAUGUCCUAA